UUGUUUUGAUUUACCAAACGUCAAAACGGUUCACUGCCGAACGCAGAGUUUGUAUCCAAGUAGGGAUGAUAUCGGAUAGGAGAACUUGAAAACCUUUAGCAAAAAUGAGAAUUAUAUGUGCAAUCUGUACGGAAGGGCACAGAUUGUCGGAUAUUAGGAAGCUGGCGGACGUUUCUGCAAUAUUCUACAAGCUUACAUCGCUAGAGGUUUCCAACCUGGACGACAUUCACCAGCUAAAACUUUGCCUGAAAUGCUAUGAAAAAUUUGUAGAUUUUGAUAGUUUUCGUGCGCUUUGUUUGGCGGCAUACGAGAAGCUGACGCAGGUCCAACGAGAAUCGGUGCAGGUGAGCACGAGUGAGGCUACACAACUGAAAGAUCAUCCGGUUGGUGAAGGGCAGGAAAACAGGUACGACCCAUUGGUCGGUAAUGAAUCGUUCGAGCCCGAAAUAGUCUUUGUAUUACCCACCGCAAACAAUUAUACGCUGAAGCAGGAAUCGCAUGGAAGCGAAGCUAGUGGUAGUAGUGAUGAGGAGGGAACGGUUGACUCCAUCGAUCCUUCGGCGGUUGAAAGCUCGCAAACCCCCGGCGACCUACAGUGCCAUCUGUGCGAUCGAAAGUUCCGGUCCCAGGUGCGUUUGGAAGGCCACGUACGGGAGCAUCAGGGGCUGAAGCCGGCGCUGUGCAAGAUCUGUGGAAAAGAUUUUACCGAGUGGAAAAACCUGAAGCGGCACAAGGAUGAAAAGCAUCCGCAGUGCAACCAGGGCACCUUUCGGUGUGAUUACGAAGGUUGCACCUUAACGUACUCCACCAGCAAGGGCCUGUAUGCGCACAAGCGGAAGCACGAUCCGGCGUACGUUAAACCCGUACCGCUGCCAUGUAUCUGCGAAACGUGCGGCGUUACCUAUUCGUCCAAAGGAGCGUUAAAGAAACAUAUGUACAUACACACGGGCGGCAUGCCAUUUCGUUGUGAGCAGUGCAACAAGAGCUAUCCCACGUCGUACAAGCUGAAGGUGCACAUGAUGCGCCAUCAGGGCAUCAAGAACUACGAGUGUUCGGUCUGUGGGAUGAGGAAAACAACCGCCGACGAACUGAAGCUGCACAUGAACUAUCACACCAAGGAGAAAGUGUUCACCUGCCACUAUUGUGGCCAAACGUUCCUGACCUCGGGCAACUUUUCGAGACAUGUAAAGCUCGUCCACCGUGGCAUAAAAGAGUUCAAGUGUACGUAUUGCGUCCGAUCGUUCGGCAAGGCGGAAACGUUGAAAAAUCACAUCAUGACGCACACCGGUGAAAAGCCGUACAAAUGCCCCGUCUGCGGGAAACAGUUCAUACAGGCGCACUCGAUGCAAAUCCACGCCAAAACGCACAAUAAGAAGAAGAAGGGAGUGAAAUCCAGCGGGACUGUGAGUGGGCCGGUGGUGCAGAUGGUUGUAGCGCCCGACAAUGGCGGUGAACCACAAAGUAUGCACGCUGCACAAAUAAUGCAAAUUAUAUAGUCUUUUGCAUCGAA